AUGGUCUACAUCAGUGGCUGGAGGUUCUUGGUCGGCUUAACGGUGAUACUUGUCGGUGGACUCAUGCUACACGGUGAAGCUGCUGACAGUGACCUGAAUGAGGUGCGUAUUGGUUUCGGAACGUCUUUCAGUGCUCGUCGAGAUGUGCGGUUUUACCUCUACACCCCGUUGAACAAUGUGGAUGCACAUGUCUUCUCGGUCGAUACGGUCGAUACGGUGAUGCGUUCGUUCUACAACUCAAGCCAUCCGGUCAGAAUUAUCAUCCACGGUUGGUUUAACAACGCGUCUUCGUUAGUGAUUCAGGGAAUAAAGGAUGCAUACCUGGAUGUCGGCGAUUACAACGUCAUCGGUGUGGAUUGGUCGCUCGGUGCUGGUGAAUCGUACUUUCGCGCCUCACAGUACACGAUCGCGGUCGGGUUGGUCGUGGCCGACCUUAUCAACCAGCUCGUCCGCUCCAACCUAACCGACAUCGAGCGACUCCAUCUCGUGGGACACAGUUUGGGUGCACAUAUUGCCGGCAAUACUGGCCACUCGUUGAAAAGCCAACAGCUGCAAGUGAUCUACGGGCUCGAUCCAGCCUCGAUAAACUUCUUCCAGGACGAACCGGACACCCGUCUCAGCCUGGACGAUGCCGCGUACGUAGAGGUGAUCCACACCAACACCCAAUUCUCUGGCUAUCCGGCUCCGUUGGGCCACGUGGAUUUCUACAUGAACUACGGCCGGAAGCAACCGGGCUGCAAGACGGACAUCUGCAGCCACGGUCGCUCGACGGAGUACUUCAUCGAGUCGCUAUCGAAAGCAACGAAAGGGUUCUGGGGGGUUGGUUGCAACGAUUACAACGAGAUCAAAUCACGAACGUGCUACAAUAUUAAACAGCUCGCGCUGAUGGGCGGAGAGUUCCGGCAGAAGAACGUUACCGCUGGCAUAUACACCGUCGAAACGUUAGCAGAUCCACCGUAUGCUAUGGGGUAUGUUCACUAA